AAAUUAACAGAAUGACUAACGGAGUACAUUUCUUGUAGUUGAGGGAUCAAAAAAGUGCAAAAAAUUGUUGAGGGAUCAAAAAUGUUCAUUUCUUAAAGUUGAGGGACCAAAUUUAGCAUUUAACCAUCAAAUAUUAAUGUCUGAUCCAGAGGCCAAAUGUGCUGCAAGAUUAAUGGAAGACAAGAAGCAACCCCCUCAUGUAGUCAUCUUCCCACUUCCGCUACAAGGCCAUGUCAACUCCAUGCUCCAGCUAGCCGAGCUGUUAGCCCUGUCAGGCCUUAAAGUCACCUUCCUCAACUCCCCCCACAAUCACAACCACCUGCCGCAAUUCGCCGAUGUUCCUGCCCGGUUCACCAAAUUCCCCGGUUUUGAAUUCAGGACGGUGCCCGACGGUCUCGCCGAUGAUCAUCCGAGGACAGGUCGUUUCCUUCUGGAGAUGCUUGAUGGAAUGAUCGUGAAAACGAAACCGUCUCUGAGAGAUCUCUUGGUCGACAUCAACCCGUCAGUGGACUGCAUCAUCGGAGAUGGGAUUUUAGGGUAUCUUCUUGAUAUUGGCGAAGAGCUUGAGAUUCCGGUCAUCCAAUUCCGUACCAUCAGUGCCUGUUGCCUCUGGGUUUAUUACAGAAUUCCCGAUCUAAUCGGAGCCGGAGAGAUUCCCGUCGGAGGAAAUGAGGACAUGGACCGUUUGAUAAAGAUGGUGGAAGGAAUGGAAAAUUUUCUCCGGGGCCGAGACCUUCCUAGCUUCUGCCGAGCUAAAAAUCUGGAGGUGGAGGGUACACGAGUACAAACUUUUGCGCAAGAGACACGAAGAAGCGCAACAGCACAUGCUCUCAUACUCAACACCUUUGAAGACUUGGAAGGACCCAUAUUAUCUCACAUCCGCACCAAAUUCCCUAAAAUCUACACCAUAGGACCACUCCAUGCACAUCUCAGGACAAAGCUCUCCGAGAAGAAUCUGGUGUCGUCUGACUCCUUGAACGGUAUUCGGGAAGUUGACAGAAGCUGCAUUUCCUGGCUUGAUCAGCAAGCAAUGCAUUCUGUUGUCUAUGUAAGUUUUGGUAGCAUUGCAGGUCUGACAAGGGAGCAACUUCUAGAAGUUUGGUAUGGGCUUGUUAAAAGCAAGGUGAGGUUCUUGUGGGUUGUGAGGCCAGACUCUGUGUUGGGCCAUUGGGGUGAUGAGGAUGUUCCGGUCGAGCUCAUGGAGGGAACUGAGGAGAGAGGGUAUUUGGUGGAUUGGGCCCCACAAGAGGAGGUCCUGGACCAUUGGGCCGUUGGUGGGUUCUUGACUCACAGUGGAUGGAACUCUACGUUGGAAAGUGUGGUUGCAGGGGUUCCAAUGAUAUGUUGGCCUCAAUUUGCUGAUCAACAUGUGAAUAGUAGGUAUGUGAGUGAGGUGUGGAAGAUAGGGUUAGACAUGAAAGAUUUUUGUGAUAGACAUGUUGUUGAGAAAUUGGUGAAUGAUUUGAUGGAGGAGAAAAGGGAAGAGUUUGUGGGAUCAGCAAGGACAAUGGCUAAGUUGGCCAAGGAAAGUGUUAGUUUUGGUGGGUCCUCUUACUGUAAUUUGGACAGUUUGAUUGAGGACAUCAAAUUGAUGAGCUUGAAAAAAUCAUGAAAGCUUGGAGAUGUUUCAAUAAUUCCUGUCAGUACAAAACAAAGCAUGUGUCUACAUAUUUCACAUGAUGCUUAAUAACUAAUUUUGCAAUCU